AUGGAUUGCAAAAUGAGAAGUUCUUCUCUGCUUUAUCCUCCACCAGCCUCAAGGCUUCGAAGAUUGAAGCGCCCAAGCUCAGUGAAGCAUUUAAUUGUCGGCAAAGCAUCUGGGUCCAAUGAAAAUUGUUCGAAGAAUGGGUUCCCGAUUAUGCCCAAAAUGAUUUUCAUGGAGGAGGUUAUAGGAGCUGAGUAUGGAGAAGGUUUUGAGACUUUUAGAUUAGACGGGCCUCUAAAAGUUGAUGUGGAUUUUCUGAAUGACAGAUUGCAAGAGGGUUUCCUGCAGAGGAUUCGCUAUGCUAUGAAGCCAGAUGAAGCAUUCGGUCUUAUUUUCUCUUGGGACAAUGUUGUGACUGAUACUCGAGCCCUGAAGCUGGAUACUUGGAAGCAACUUGCCUUCGAAGAAGGUAUGCUGGAUACCGAUAUUCCUGAAGACAGUGAUGUGCAAAAAUCAUUGCUUUAUGCAGGUGCUGAGCAUAUACUAUUAAAGGUUUUGCAUUGGGAGAGAGCGAAGAGUGCAUUGGAUAGAUUGAAAUUGAGGCUUUCAGAACUAUAUCAUGAGAAUCUUCUCAAUGUAAGCAAACCCAUCGAUGGAUUGGAGGAAUGGCUUGAUGCAGUCUCCACUGCUUGUACCCCUUGUGCUGUUGUUUCAUAUCUUGACAGGAGGGUUCUGGUUGAAGCUCUUGAGCAGAUGAACCUUAAGAAAUAUUUCCAGGCAAUCGUAAGUAAGGAAGAUGGAAUGGAGUCGAUAGCUCAUAGAUUCCUCUCUGCUGCAGUAAAGUUGGACAGGAAGCCAUCGAACUGUGUGGUGUUUGAGGAUGACCCAAGAGGCAUAACUGCUGCUCACAACUGUACAAUGAUGGCUGUGGCAUUGAUUGGUUCUCACCCUGCGUACGAGUUGGUUCAAGCUGAUCUUGCAGUUGCCAGUUUUAGUGAGCUUUCUGUGAUCAACCUUCGAAGACUAUUUGCUCACAAGGGCUCUACAUUCAUGGAUCUACAGAGGCAGGUCAUAGAGAAAAUCCCACCCAAGAGAAGGGUAACCGUUGACACUAUUUUCUAAUUCAGUUUCAUAGGUGUUCACUCUGUAUUAAGUAGCCACGAGGUGUACAGGAGUUUUUUUUUUUCCAAGUAUUUGGUUUUCUUUUUGUAAAUAGAUCAGUUGAAAUAUAUCAAUGUGAAUGCCCCCUUUUAUUGUGUUUGCA